AAAGUAUAUGCACAAGUGCGCACGUUAGCAUUCUACCGUUACUAAAAAUGAAAAUCCCAGACAAAAGAAAUCCAUGUAAUUUCUCAAACUUUCAAGAUUAGGGUUUCGCUUCCUCUCUUUCUUUGGUUUCUCACUUCAACCAACCUGGAAUCAGAAAAAGAAAGUUCAAAGCUUUGAAAUUGGUCAAGAAGAAAUAUAUAUUCGUUAUAUAUUUCUUUUGGAAAUUUUUAGGGGAAAAGAUGGAUGAAGGAGAGGGAGGGGAUCAGAUGGAUCAGUUCCACAGAAACGAAGCAAUCUCAGCUGUUGCUGACGAGGGUUUCCUAGGUGAAGAAGAUGAUGAUUAUGAGGAUCUUUAUAAUGAUGUUAAUGUUGGCGAAGGGUUUCUUCAAUCUUUAAGAAAAAACGAAGAUUUAGGGUUUAGGAAUGAGGAAACUAAGAAUAGUGCAAAUAAUGUUGUUAAUAAUAAUGAUAUUGGUGAGAAAGUUGGUGGGUCACCAAUGGAUGCUGCACCUGAACCUGGUGUUUCAAAUCCUGGGGUUGCGGAUGGUGUUGGAAGAGGGGAUUCUAGGGUUUCUCAUGAGAGUCAAGGGUUUAGAAGUGGUGCUAUUUGUGAUGUGAAGGGACCUAGUGCGGGUAGCGAUGGUGGUGGAAAUGGGCUUAGGGUUGAAUUAGAGCGAGCAUCAUCUAAGUUGAAUGAUAUGGCUGCAGAGCAGAGUAGGAAUAAUAUCAACAAUAAUUUAUCUGGUGUAGGUGGUAUGGCACAACAGGGACACGGUGUAGGGAAUAUGGGGAGUGUUGAGAAUGAGAGCUUAAUGAGGCAUGGAGGAGUAGGGGCUGGGAAUGUGAAUGGUGGUGGUGUCAGUGGUCCUAUGAUUGGGAAUGGUGGUGGAAAUGUGGGUGUUGCUGGUGCUGUUCCUGGUCUUGGUCCUGGUCCUGGUCCUGGUCCUGGUGUUGGUGCAAGUGGAGGUGGAAGUGGUGGUGGAGGUAGUGGGACGAUAUUGUUUGUUGGAGAUCUCCAUUGGUGGACAACAGAUGCUGAACUAGAGUCAGAGUUGUGCAAGUAUGGGCCCGUGAAAGAAGUCAAGUUUUUUGAUGAGAAAGCAAGUGGGAAGUCAAAAGGAUAUUGUCAGGUUGAGUUUUACGAUCCAGCCGCAGCCACAGCGUGUAAGGAGGGAAUGAAUGGGCAUAUUUUUAAUGGAAGGCCUUGUGUUGUUGCCUUUGCAUCACCAUUUACUGUUAAGAAAAUGGGAGAAGCUCAAUUAAAUCGGAACCAACAGAUGGCACAGUCUGCUCUUUCACAAGCUAGGAGGGGCCCAAAUGACGCUGGAGGCAAGACUGUUGGUAAUAACAUUCAAACUGGUGGGAAUUAUCAAGGUGGAGAUAAUAAUAGAGGUUAUGGGAGAGGGAAUUUGGGAAGAGGCAAUGCUCAGGGGAUGGGAAAUAGAGCUCCAGGUGGUCCUAUGAGGAACAGGCCUGGUGGGAUGGGUGGUAGAGGUAUUAUGGGAAAUGGUGGAAAUGGUUUUGGACAAGGUAUUGGUGCAACACCUCCUCUCUUGCAUCCACAGUCUAUGAUGGGUCAAGGUUUUGGUCCUGCUUUUGGUGGAGCCAUGGGGAGAAUGGGUGGUUAUGGAGGCUUUCCUGGUGCUCUAACGCCUCCAUUUUCUGGGAUGUUAAAUUCGUUCCCUCCUGUUGGGGGAGUUGGUUUGCCUGGAGUGGCCCCUCAUGUUAACCCUGCAUUUUUUGGAAGAGGUAUGCCCAUGAACGGUAUGGGAAUGAUGCCCACAGGUGGUGUAGAUGGGCCUAAUAUGGGAAUGUGGUCAGAUCCCAGCAUGGGAGGAUGGGGUGGUGAUGAGCAUGGUGGUGGGAGAGCUGGAGAGUCUAGUUUUGGGGAGGAAGCUGACCAUCAAUAUGGUGAGGCUACGCAUGAUAGAGGAGGUUGGCAAAAUCCGAUGAAAGAAAAAGAUAGAGCUUCAGAAAAGGAGUGGUCUGGAUCAUCUGAAAGAAGGUAUCGUGAUGAUAGAGAACCGGGAUAUGAUAGGGACAUGCCUGGGGAGAAGGAUACUGGCCAUGGUCACGAUUGGCCAGAAAGAGGGCACCAGGAUGAUAGAGACACUGGUCGAGAACGUGAUAGGGAGCGUGACAGGGAUAGGGAACGCUCUCGAGAUCGUGACCGCAACCGUGAUAGGGAACGUGAUCGAGACAGGGAUCGGGAUCGACAUAGGGAAGACAAAGACAGAUAUGCAGAUCAUCAUAGGUACAGGGACCGUGAGCCUGAGCAUGAUGAUGAUUGGGAUAGGGGACGGUCAUCAAGAACUCACAGUAAGUCACGAUUAUCACAGGAGGAGGAGCAUCGCUCAAGAUCUAGAGAUGCUGAUUAUGGGAAGAGGCGACGACUUACCUCAGACUGACUUAUUUGAUGCCUCUUAUAGCAGAAGCCUCUUAAAAAAUAAUAAUAAAAAAGAAUUAGUAACUGCCAAAACCUUAGGUUCAAUCAUUCACUUUUGAUGUCUCUCUCAGCUGGUGGUCCUGUGGUCAUCAUUUCAUAGCCAUUCUUCGUACAUUGCCUGAAUUUGUUCAUUGCUCCUAUUCGCAUGGAGCAUGGUCUCAAUUUUUCACGGAAGAACUUGAAGGGUAUUUGAGAUUUGAAGCUGUUCAGUAAAAAGACUGCGUCUUGGGUAUGGAGAAUGAUCACAGCAUUCUAAAAUUCGAGAGAGACAGUAAGAUGGGUGUUUUUCCUUCUGCCAGCAGCAUUCAUGUAGAAGUGAAACUCAUGCUUUUUAUUUAUUGAUUUAUUUUUAUUUUUGCUUCUCCCAUUUUAUGUUUUAGUUAAUUAGCACUCGAAUGAAACCAAAGCCGAAACCGAUGUUGUGUAUGAUGAUAUUUAUGGCUUGAAAUUGCUUUAAGUCCUCUGAUUUCUGAAGAGAAAAAGAAAAAAAAGACUGAAUGUGAUGUAAUAGGGAUUUAUGCUGCUGAUGUGCAUUUUCUGAUGUUCUUGUAUCAUUUUUCCCCUUUUUCGUAUUUUUACCUUUUGGGGUUAGUUUUAGUUUUUACCACUGUUGUUUUUUGUUGAAGAGAUAUGUAGAAUAUUAACCAUUUGAUUUGAGAGAUGCCAUUGUUAAAGCCCUGAGAAUUGUACAAAAGGCAAUAGGACUUUGUAUUUAUGUAGGGAAAUACCAUUUUUAUUUAAAGCAUUUUUGCCAAUCUUUUGUAAUUGUCUUUAUUGGGAUUAUUAUCUCUUUAGGCUUAAUCAUUAUUUGGUAACUGAGUAAGAAAUAUUUUUUUUUAA